AUGCUAGCGCGCGCGGAGGGGAGCGAGGCGUCGAAGUCGGAGGAGAAGGUCGAGGAGGGUGGCGCACUGGCGCAGGGGGAGGCGGCGGCGUCGAAGGCGGAGGCCAGCGGGAGCUCGUCCUCUGGGGCGGACUCUUCGAUGGAUUUCGGGUCGAUGGACGGGGUCCCCGUGCCACGAACGCAGACGAAGAAGCCGAACGUGCUCGCCGGGGCAGUCGAGGAGGCCAAGCUCGUGGAGUGGCCCACUGUGGGGGCGGCGUUCAACCAGACGCUGCUGGUCAUCGCCAUCAUCCUGGCGUCGUCCGGCGUGCUGCUCGGCUUCAACUUCGUCCUCAACGAGCUCUCGCAGAAGCUCUUCUUCAAUAACUGA